AAGUUCCAGCCGGUGAGCUGAGUUUUUUGUUUCCCACUAGAGAACUGGGAAAAAAAAAUAUUGUUUUUAAUUGUGUCUGAUUCUCCCCCCACCCCUUUAGGAAGGAGGAGAUAGGGAAAGAGUCUGAUGACAGAAAUUGUAUUGAUGUGUACUGUAUAAGCAAGAUUUACAAAGGAGAGCUCAUGUGGGACAUGGAUAUGUGAAUGAAUACUGUGUGAGAAAUAAACCAGUAGGAUAUUCAAUUAUAUUUGGGUAUUUCUCUUCUAUCACCAUUAUGGAGUCAGAUGGAAUGGGAAAUACAAAGUCAGGCACUCAGAGAUCUGCAAGCAAAGCAACUAAAAUAGCCCUUGCUGUGUUUAUUGUCACUACAGGAUUACUUGCACUUUUGCUUUUACUAGUCAGUCAACGGCUUAUUACUUUCCAUAAAGAACAGUACUGUUUAACGCCAGAGUGCAUUGAAGCAGCUGCUCUUAUUCGAUACAAAAUGAAUUUAACUGUUGAUCCCUGUGACAACUUUUUUCAGUAUGCCUGUGGGGGCUGGAUACAAGAGAACCCAAUUCCUGAUGAUAUGUCAAAUUAUGGAAUUUAUCCAUGGCUCAGGAAUAAUGUUGAUCUUAAAAUUAAAGCAUUAUUAGAGAAACCGUUGAGUAAGAGAAGAGAUUCAGAAGCUGCACAGAAGGCAAAGAUAUUUUACAUUUCCUGUAUGAAUGAAACUGAGAUAGAAGCAGCUGACGUAAAGCCACUACUCAAAUUAUUAAAGCAACCAUCUUUACGUUGGCCAGUACUGGAAUCUAAUAUUGGAAGUGAUGGAAAGUGGUCAGAGAGAAAAUUCAAUUUUCUUCAAACUCUUGCAGACCUAAGGAAACUAUACAGCACUUCAGUUUUCAUGCGUCUUUAUGUAGCAACAGAUGACAAAUUAUCCAAUAACUUUAUUUUAAAGCUAGAUCAAUCAUCCCUUUCAUUGUUAUCUCAUGAGGAUUACACUGACAACAGCACUACAACUAAGGGGUAUAGAGAUGCUCUGCUUCAGUUCAUGAUUGAUGCGGCAGUUUCUCUUGGAGCAAACCAGACACGAGCUGAAGUUGAUAUGAAAGCAUUGCUUGACCUGGAAACUAAACUGGCACAGAUAAUUGUGCCUCAUGAAAACAGGACCAGUGAAUCCAUGUAUAACAAAAUGACCAUCUCAGAGCUUAGUGCCAUGAUCCCAGAGUUUGAAUGGUUACAAUAUGUGAAGAAAGUAAUUGAUUUCAACAUUCACCCUGAACUUAAAGAUAUAGAUGCUUCUGAAAAUGUGAUCGUCCGUGUACCGCAGUAUUUCAAAGAUCUGAUUAAAAUCAUUCAAUCUGAGGAUAAAAGGACUCUUGCCAACUACCUAAUAUGGAGAUUUGUCUACUCAAGAAUCUCGAAUCUCAGCAGACGCUUUCAGUACAGACAACUCGAAUAUGCACGGGUUCUCCUGGGUACAAAUUCUUUGGCUGCUCGUUGGGACAGAUGUGUGAAUUAUGUUGAGAAUUCUCUUCCUUAUGCUGUUGGGAAGAUGUUUGUAGAUGCUCAUUUUCAAGAGGACAAAAAACAUAUGAUGGAGGAACUAGUUGAAGGCAUUCGCUGGGCAUUCAUUGAUAUUUUGGAAAAGGAAAAUGAUUGGAUGGAUGAAGAAACCAAAUUAAAAGCAAAAGAAAAGGCAAAUGCUGUCAUGGCAAAGGUGGGAUACCCUGAGUUUCUAUUAAAUGAAACCUACAUAAAUGAAGACAUCAAAUCGCUGAAAUUCUCAGAGUCAGACUAUUUUGGAAAUAUUCUUCAGACUCUGCAUUUUCUUUCACAAUCUGACUUUUAUUGGCUUAGGAAAGAAGUUCCUAAAAAAGAAUGGUUUACUAGCCCUACAACCGUCAAUGCCUUCUACAGUGCUUCUACCAACCAAAUUAGAUUUCCAGCUGGGGAGCUUCAGAAACCUUUCUUCUGGGGAUCAGAGUAUCCACGAUCCCUGAGCUACGGAGCAAUUGGCGUCAUUGUUGGCCAUGAGUUUACACAUGGAUUUGAUAACAAUGGUCGUAAGUAUGACAAGGAUGGAAAUUUGUAUUCUUGGUGGACCACUGACUCAGAAGAAAAAUUUAAAAACAAAACAAAAUGCAUGGUGGAUCAAUACAAUGAAUACUUCUGGAAGCAAGCUGGUUUAAAUGUGAAAGGAACAAAGACUUUGUCAGAAAAUAUUGCUGAUAAUGGUGGAAUGAGAGAAGCCUUUAGGGCUUACAGGAAAUGGAUUCAAAAUAUAAGAGGGGGAGAAGAAGAGACGCUUUUACCUGGUGUACCUCUCAACAAUAAUCAACUCUUUUUCUUAAGUUAUGCUCAUGUGAGAUGUAAUGUCUUUCGACCUGAAGCUGCAAGGGAUCAAAUUGUCAAUGGAGUUCAUAGCCCUCCACAAUUCAGGGUAAUUGGCACAAUGAGCAAUUUUGAGGAGUUUCGCAAAGCAUUUAAUUGUCCAGAGGACAUAACAAUGAAUCGAGGAAAGAAAUCUUGUCGAGUUUGGUAGAAGUGGAGAUUCAUUUAUAUUAUGUACAUAAUGUAGAAAAUCCUGUUUGAACUGCUGUACAAACUGCUGUUUUUGGAUGUGAAGAGGAUAAUCCACUUUAUGUUUUACUGAUAUAUGCAAAAACAUAUUUUUCACUCAAAUGGAUUAUAUGUGCCUAUAAUUUUAAAAGUUUAGUGCAAUACAAGUACACCUGUUAAAUUAGCCAUUUAAUGUAUGAGGUUUUUUUUUUUAAAUAAAUGGCAUUUUGAAAUAUAUAAAAAA